GGAGUCUUCGUCUUUUGAGAUUCAGUCGAUCUUUAGGACGUUCGAAUCCUAAGAACAAAAUAAUAAUAAUUAAAGUACCUCGUUUACAGAAAAAAGUAAUACCGACACAAAUUACAAAUUCUAGAACAUGGACGUUUUCCAGUACAUGAUGUGGUUUCACAAGCAGCAAUUGCUCGACGAGGUCAAGAAAUCUGCGGAGGAGGAGCCGAAACCGUUUCAUUUCAAUGGACACGAUCCAAACAAAAUUUCCAAAGCAAUGGACAAAAUAAUGGGAGUCUUACCUGCAGCUAAAUUCCCACCAGUGACCCUGGACAAAAAUGGGAAUCACAUUCAACAUCCGCCCAAACCGGAAGUGGGGACUAAACUGGGAGCGCAAACUGAGCGAGUGGGUGGACCAGUCACGUACGGGUCAACCACGAUCGCUAAACACUUUGAAAAUUUCGGAAAUUCUGAAAGGAAUUCUGGGAAUUCUGAAAGGGCGAAACAUGUCAUGGGAACGAAAGAAUUGCCAAAAUCGGAUGACAUGGUCAUUAGUUUGGCUGACAUGUGCCUUCUCGUGUCUGAGGUGGAGUAUGCUCUCGUGAAAAGGGUCCCAUUUUAGACUGGUCAGCUAAAUAAUUGAUCAUGCCCCAGCAUCUGAAACCCGUUUGACUUUGUGCCCCGAAAAUUCUUCACUUUUUAUAAUAAUUGAAGUAUAUUUUAUCUUAUCAAUGGUUAAUUAACUGAUAAUUGUGGAACAGAGUCGUAUAUAUGUAUGCUCGUACGUAUGGACACAAGUAAUUACGUAAAUGUAGAAAUCAUGCAGUGUGCAGUUGAAUGCCACGUGGCUCGUGUUAUACUAAAUACUUAAUUACAUAAUUAUUGUCUAUGCACGUAUUAUGGAAUGUCGUGCUGGAAAACAAGCACCAUAAAUGUAAGAUGGAACGGAAUGCUUGAAUUUUGUAGUGGCCUGGAAUCUAACAGAAGUGGGUGUAGUCGUAACUAAUUAAAAUAAAUACAUUCGAAUUAGACAAUAUUUGACAAUAUUGCAAAAAUAA